AUGUUUGGCCCCGGCUGGCGGGGGGCGGAAAAGCGUGUAAUAAGAAUAAGAAUAAUAAUAAUAAUAAUAAUAAUAAUAAUAAUAAUAAUAAUAAUAAUAAUAAUAAUAAUAAUAAUAAUAAUAAUAAUAAUAAUAAUAAUAAUAAUAAUAAUAAUAAUAAUAAUAAUAAUAAUGAUAAUAUGUUUGAAGCUGCCUCUGCGCCGGUGCACCGCCUGCGGCGUGUGCCAGGAAGCGAGGGAGACAAAGGCAAGAGGGAACGCCCCAUCCGGAGCACUCACAGCCAACAGCCCUGCGCACUACCCCACUGUUGCCCCCGCGCAGCAGCGGGUGCUCGUGUGA